UUUGGAAAAUGCUAUUGAUCAUACGAUGAUGGUCUCGAGUUUGUCUUGUCUCUAGUUCGUAAGGUAUUGUUGUAAGAGCAGACGAUGUCGAGGGAUCAACCACCGGAGUCUAAGGCGCAGAUCGUGAGGGAGAUUUGCUCCGCCGCGACAAUUUUCACGUCGUGUUCGCACCGGCGGCGAUCGACGCGGAGGCCGCCGUUUGUAGAUUGGUACCUCAUUCUCCGAGUCGACGAGGAAUCCGCAGCGGAUGUCAUUAGGCGGAGGUACCGCCAAUUGGCAUUGCAGCUUCAUCCGGACAAGAACAAGCACCCCAGAGCAGAAGUUGCAUUCAAACUUGUCUCAGAGGCUUAUUCGUGUCUCUCCGACAAAGCGCGGAGGCGCGCAUUCAACUCCGAGAGGCAGGAGAGUUUUUGCAAGGAAUGCCACAGAAAAUCACAAGCAGCAGCAGAGAAAGCUCGCGCCAAUAGAAUUAUGAUACAGGCAUUGAAGGAAGUUCAGAGUAGGCUUAGAGAGGAGUGUAGGAUUGUGGAGAAGUGCUUGCGAUCCAAUAGAGGAUCUGAUAGUGAAUCCCCCUUGUUUGAUCCUGUGAACUACUUCGCAAAAUGCGCGGAUUAUCCGCACUGCAGAGCUCGCGUUGUCGACAAUUCGAAGGAGUUUUGGUACUGCAAUUUGAGAAGAGGAGUUAAAUGUGAGUCUCCUGUUUAUCAGGUGAGAGGAGAGGGAAGAACAAGGUGUGCUCAAAGUCCCAUUUGAAUUCUUAAUUAAUUAAUGUAAU